UGGGUAUCCCAAAGGAUAAGAACCCUAAUCAAACCCUUUCCCCAACUAAGGAGAAGAAGGAACCAAGACGAUCCCAAGUGCUGCUCAAGAAAGCUGGAGUCACCAGAGAUGACGAUGACGAAGAUGACCCAAUUGAAGAUGAUGAGGGAACAGAUCCGUACAAUAUUUCAAAUGAUGAGUACUAUUACCCCAAGAACAUUGGUGAGAAUAAGCUGAGAGUCAGCAUGGCAGGAAACCUACAGCAUUCAACUCCAGCUGUUGAGUUGAGACAGCCUUUCUUUCCAACACAUCUUGGACCAUUUAAGCUCCGUCAUUUCCAUCGGCCUAUUUUGAAGAAGUUCUCGCAUGGUCCUCUAGCAAACCCUGGACACCAUGAAGUCUGGCCAUUGGCAAGGAGAAUCAAACUUAAGGCCAAGCAAAGGGAACAAGAGCGAGUUGCAUCAGGAGGGGGCAGUAUGUUUUACAUGCACAAACCGGAAGAUCUGACAGGUAUGGACGGUGACAUCAUUCUCACAGAGUAUUGCGAGGAGUAUCCUCCGCAGCUUUUACAAGUUGGCAUGGCAACUAGGCUUUUAAACUAUUAUAAAAGGGUUUUUAUACAUCGAUUAUUUUACAAGAGCAAAGACAAGAUCAAGCGAAUUAAGAUGGAGGACAUUAAGAAAGCCUUUCCAACACAUUCUGAAAGUAGCAUCAGAAAAAGGUUAAAACUAUGUGCAGACUUCAAGAGAACAGGAAUGGAUUCCAAUUGGUGGGUUUUGACUUCCAACUGAGGAAGAGAUGGGAUCAGUGGUGACCCCAGAGCAGUGCAGUGCUUAUUAUUCUAUGUUGGCUGCAGAGCAGAGGUUAAAGGAUGCUGGAUACGGUGAGAAAUAAUUCUUUGCUCCAGAAGACGAUAAUGAAGACGAUAAUGCAAAGAUUGAUGAUGAGGUGAAAACAGCACCAUGGAACACAACACGUGCGUUCAUAUCUGCCAUGAAGGGCAAGUGUCUCCUGCAGGUGAUGGGAACAGCUGAUCCCACAGGAUGCGGAGAAAGAUUUUCCUAUGUCAAGGUUCUAAAUAAACCAACUAAACAGAAGCUCAGAAGGAGAAGUACUUGAACUACAGACGUGUAUACUACGAUGACACCCAAGACAUAUUUGCAGCCAGACGUAGACAGGCAGACAAGCAAGCAAGCCAAGGUGUCCAUAGUGUCCACAGGGCCAGGCCUGUU